UCGAGGGCGCGAACGCACUUCUCUGGUGAGAAGGGAACGCAGAAGUCUAGCUCUGACGCGCAGUCUAUCUUCAGCUCUUGCUGUCUAAAAUCGCUUCAUUGCGGAGAGGGCUUCGAAACAUCUUUGGGACACUACCACCAUGGACGCAUUUCAAGUACUAUCGUUAUAUUUGUUACUCAUCUUCAUUUGGAAUAUACCAUGUUUUCAGUCAGCUGCCAUCAUAUCUCCCUCUGUGCCAAGGAGAAACAAGGGAGCCAAGAUCCUUCAUGAUGGACAAAGGUCAACCAAAUUUCCCAAAGAGAUCUUCGCAUCUUCUCCAAUCUUAAGCCAUCACCGAGAAGAUUUUAAUAAGGACGCAAUUGUGCCCCACGAUUACAUGCUCUCCAUAUACAGGACGUAUUCGGCUGCAGAGAGACUCGGACUAAACGCAAGUUUUUUCCGCUCCUCAAAGUCUGCAAAUACCAUAACAAGUUUUGUGGACAGAGGAACAGACGAUCUCUUGCACUCUCCUUUGCGAAGACAAAAGUAUCUGUUUGAUGUCUCAACCCUUUCAGACAAAGAGGAGUUGGUUGGAGCUGAAUUAAGGAUAUUUAGAAAAGUACCCGGGGAUUUGCAAACGUCCCCGACAGGUCUCUAUGACAUUCAAUUACUCUCCUGUCGAUCAGAACGGCUACUGGAUGCAAGAUCCCUUGAUCCUCUGGAUUCCCGAAAACCAGGAUGGGAGGUUUUGGACGUGUGGGAAAUGUUUAAAAACCGGUAUCACUCCGCCCAGGGGAGCCAGCUUUGUCUCCAGCUCAAGGGCACUCUUGGUAAAUCAGAAAUGGAAAUCGAUUUAAAACAGAUGGGAUUUGACAGAACCGGUCGAACUCAGCAAGAGAAGGCCAUCUUGGUGGUUUACACCAGGUCCAAGAAAAGGGAGAACCUGUUCAACGAAAUGAAAGAGAAGAUCAGGUCUCGCGGAUCAGGGAGCAGGUCGGAGGAGGAGCGGGGCCUGCGGUUCAAAGCCAGGCGCCGACGGAGGACUGCAUUGAACAAUCGGCAUGGGAAAAGACAUGGCAAGAAGUCCAAAUCUAGAUGCAGCAAAAAGGCUCUGCACGUUAAUUUCAAAGAGCUAGGGUGGGAUGACUGGAUCAUUGCGCCAUUGGAUUACGAGGCGUACCACUGUGAGGGCGUGUGCGACUUUCCUUUGAGAUCGCAUUUAGAGCCAACAAACCAUGCCAUCAUUCAAACUCUCAUGAAUUCAAUGGACCCCAAUAGCACACCUCCUAGCUGUUGUGUUCCCACCAAACUCAGUCCCAUCAGCAUUCUUUACAUAGACUCGGGCAAUAACGUUGUGUACAAACAGUAUGAGGACAUGGUGGUAGAGCAGUGUGGCUGCAGGUAGCGUCCUUUUCUUCUGCGUAUUUAAACCCCGCAAAAUCAAAGAUAAGUCAUUCGGUCCAGGUCAGUAUAUGAAAGCUGUGGCAUAUCUUAAGCAUAUAGACCCAUGCGUUCUUGCCAUAUCAUGGUGCGCCUAAACUUCACUCAAAAGGGAUCCGCGAGAGACAUUAUUUGUAGUGUAGGCCUAUGCAAGCAUAUUUAUUUUGGUCAAAUUUAAACUCAGUACCAUCUCACAUAGCCUUAGAUGUCCAAUUGUUGUGUUAAACUAAUACCUACUCUUAGCCUACAUUUCCGUCCAUCUGAUAUGUUUUUCAAGAGCAUAGUGUAUUGUUUUGCGAGGCCCGGACAUGGAUAGACACGUCGUCAUAAACCAUUAGUCCGCAGUAGAGGAGUGGGUAUCAACAUGCUAGUGAUAUGCUAUUAUUUAUCAUUUUCUGAGCAGACUUGGAAUUGUUGGUCUUCCAUCAGUGGAUUCUGUCCGAAAUGGGCACAGUGGAAUGCACCUGUUCAAACUAGGCCGCAGUCACGGGAUAGCCCUUGUGCAUUGUUGCAGCUCCCUGCAACGGUCUUGCGAAGAGGACUCAUUUGUAGCGGGUGUUUCCAGGCUCACUGCCAGUGUCCAGCUGAAACUAUCGAGCUCUUCUGAUGCGUUAUCAAUCGGCCCUAGCACCCCCCCCCUCUCUCCAAUCUCUCUCUUUCAAAUCUAUUUCUCUCUCUCUCUUUCUCUCUCUCUCUUUCUCUCUCGCUCUCUCUCUAAAAGGUGAAUGUAAUCUACCAAACACACAAUGGGCUCUGAGGAAAAGAGAUAGCGCAGGUAUGCCUACAAGAGAUUUCCCUGUGCGUCCGGUUUCAUCAGAAUGGAGUGCGCGCUCGAGUCAUCACAGCCUGCGGGCAACAAAUGCAAGACUAAACAGACGAUUCUAAACAUGGGCUCCAUGGACAUAGGCAUUCAUAUUGUGCCUGCCAUUGACAGCUGACUGUAUUUCCAUGACUUGCUGAAGGCACAGUGAAAGGCAGUUGGACCCGGUUGGGCACAGGAGCACGUGGGGACACCAAAGGCCACGUUAAAUAAUCAAGACAAACAUUUGCAUCUUCAACGUCUGCAUCUUUACUAAAGGCACUUCCACAACUGAGUGCGCCAAUGUCAUGUAGUCAGGAAGAACACCCUUUUCAUGAUAAAUCGACUGACAAGAAAAGACUCGCAAACGAGAUAUUUAAAUGCACAUUAGCUUUGAAUGCACUGCUGUUCAUUAUUUGAGCUGUAAAUAUUUGUAUAGUUAAAACUUUACAAGUGCAACUUAUGAAGAAAUGACAAAAGGCAUUUCUUUGUAAAUGUACAUACUUUAAAUGCACUCAAAUCGUUAUAAUAUCUAUUCUAUAAUAAUUUUAUUAAUUGUGAUGUACAGAGUUUCAUGAUAAUCAUAUAUUUCUUACAUUGAUGAGAGUAAUUUAAGCUGUAUAAAAAAUGUUGAGGGUGCAAAUACCAUUAUUGAUGUCUACCUCAUAAUUACCUAGGUUCUGAGUUCUGAGGUGCAUUCAACUGUGUUAAAAUCUUUUGAAAUGAUAUAUGAAAUUAUACAUUUAUAUAGGCCAAUAUAUAUAUAUAUAUAUAUAUAUAUAUAUAUAUAUAUAUAUAUAUAUAUUAAUGGAUAUUAUUCCACACUAUUACUGUACUAAUAAAGUGAAGAACAAAACAUCCAACACUCUUGUACUUCGGAUGACUUAACUCCCCUCUUUAAUUUCCCAGAAAUCUGCUGAGUUGAUCCGCUGUGACAGAGUGAGACUGUGUUGGACAGAGAGAAAACAUAGUUUUUAGGUGAUUUGUAACUCUGCUUGUUUCUAAUGAAGUUACAGAUAUGAGUCACCCUAAUUACAGUACCUAACGUUAUUGUACAUAUCAUGCUAAAUCAAGUGGUCUACAUUGGAUUUGAUUUGAAUAAUGGGAAAAAUUCACACUUCAAUCAGACCUUUGUGCAUUUUUUUCAUGUUGACCAAAAUAAGAAGUGAGAAGAAUGUCUCCUUUGAUAAUUGGAUUAUAUUAACUAUGGAAAAAUAAUCACUUGUUUUACCCUUUCUUUCAAAGCCUGUAUAUAAGCAGAUAUGCUGUUUGUUUGUAUAGUGUUCUGUUGCUCAACCCUAUCUAUGCAUAUUUCAUUAAUAUCAAUCUUAUCGGAUCACAAUGAAUCCAUGAUGUAUUUCCAAAUUUUAACCAUUAAAUGUGCUUGAAUUACAAAACUA